AUGUCCAACAGCAGCUCCAUCACCCAGUUCCUCCUCCUGCCGUUCACAGACACACGGGAGCUGCAGCUCUUGCACUUCUGGCUCUUCCUGGCUUCAGCAGAGUAUUGGCUCCUCACCAUCAUGUCCUAUGACCGCUACGUUGCCAUCUGCAAACCCCUGCACUACGGGACCCUCCUGGGCAGCAGAGCUUGUGUCCACAUGGCAGCAGCUGCCUGGGCCACUGGGUUUCUCAAUGCUCUGCUGCACACGGCCAAUACAUUUUCACUGCCCCUGUGCAAGGGCAAUGCCCUGGGCCAGUUCUUCUGUGAAAUCCCCCAGAUCCUCAAGCUCUCCUGCUCACACUCCUACCUCAGGGAAGCUGGGUUUCUUCUAGUUGGCUUUUCUUUCGCUUUUGGCUGUUUUGUGUUCAUCGUGGUGUCCUACGUGCAGAUCUUGAGGGCCGUGCUGAGGAUCCCCUCUGAGCAGGGACGGCACAAAGCCUUUUCCACCUGCCUCCCUCACCUGGCCGUGGUCUCCCUGUUCCUCAGCACUGCCAUGUUUGCCUACUUGAAGCCUCCCUCCAUCUCCUCCCCAUCCCUGGACCUGGUUUUGUCCAUUCUGUACUCAGUGGUGCCUCCAGCAGUGAACCCCCUCAUCUACAGCAUGAGGAACCAGGAGCUCAAGGAUGCCCUGAGGAAACAGAUGACUGGAUUUCUUCUGAAGCUAUAA